CUCCAACACUUCGCCUGAACUGCCUGCUCAAUGCAAUGCCUUUCUCACAAAUGGCAUCACUAAACAAUGGCACCAGCCCAAUGGCUAUCGCAAAACAAAUUCGACGCGACGCAAAGCUCUGUGAGAGCGACACAGGACGUCCGAGUUUGCUCGCCUUCCGACUACCCCGAGCAUCGUCACGUCAGGCCCUAGCAAUAGCGACGCACCUCGUACCUUCCCCAGACAUGUCACCAGAGAUCAAGAGACUAGUGUACAACAGCUUAUUGGAGAGGAUCCGAAACCAUGAGAUUCUCGCUCGUCGUGAACCAAUUUGGACCGAUGAAGAACUGGGGUGGACAAACAGCUAUGAAGAUGCAAGAGAACUAAUUUUGGAUGGAUCCGAACUCGAGGCAGCGGCGAUGGUGCUUCAUCACCUUACCACGUGGUCGGAUAUCACGCCGGAGAGUACAGUGGCCGACGCCAUAAAGGAAAUUGAACGGCGUCUCAAGGCUUCCACGAAGGAGCCGUCAAAUUCGAAGCCUGACCACUUACAUGGCAUGCCAGAGCCUAAGACAACUAGCACGCUUAGGGCAGCAAUACCCAGAGGCUACACCAUACGAAAACGGCUAUGCUACAUAUGCCGAUGCAAGUUCACCGUUCCUCAUUCGACUUACCUAGCUCUUUGCGAGCCAUGCGGAACAUUCAACCUGGCAAACUCCAAUAUCUCUCUACCGAACGCGUUGGACCUUACCGGAAAAACUGCAUUAGUCACCGGAGGGAGGGUGAAUCUAGGGUACCACACAGCACUGCGCUUGUUGCGAUGCGGUGCCAAAGUCAUUGUUUCCUCUCGGUAUCCACGCGACACGUCAACGCGAUACGCAUGCGAGGCGGACUCGAGCGCCUGGAAAAACAGACUGAAAAUUGUAGGAGCCGAUUUUCGCUCUGCGAAAGAUGCGUUUCAGCUCGUGGCGCAUGUAAAAGCUUUUUUGGAGGGCUGGGGAGAAAGCCGGCUUUAUGUCCUGGUCAAUAAUGCCGCCCAAACUUUGACCGACCCCAUUUCCAAGGAACAAAGCGCUAUCCAGCGCGAGAACCUGCUGGAAGGGGACACGAGCGCGAGUCCGUUCAUGGUUGAACAUACAUACCAAGCUCGGGUCCGCGGAGGUAUAACACUCGCAUUGGACAGCAAGACGGAAACGCCACUGCUCAAAGACACUGUCACAAAGCCCUCAUCUGGCAUUAUAGAGGCCCCAGAGAAUUCUCUUGGCCACUGCAUUCCCAAGUCGUCAUGGACGCAGUCUCUGCAAGAAAUCCCAUACGAAGACGUCAUUUCCGCCCACUCAGUUAAUACCUUUGUCCCCUUGAUCCUGUGCCGAGAACUGAUCACUUCGAUGGGCUCUACUCAGGGCACACCCUCCGAAUCCAUCCCGCAAGGCUACAUCGUCAAUGUCUCUUCGCGGGAGGGCAUCUUUGAGGGCAAGCCCGAUUACAAAUCACCCCACCACGUCCAUACCAACAUGUCCAAAGCGGCUUUGAACAUGAUCACCGAGACCGAAGCCGCCUCGGCCUGGCGCAAACGCCGCGUCGCCAUGACCACAGUCGACCCUGGAUACAUGAGCGCAGCCCCGGAAUUCGAGGACAUGUAUGAUGGGAAGAGGCCGAUUGGGUGGGAAGAUGGUGCGGCCAGAGUGCUGUGGCCUGUGGCAGUGGGUGAACGCGAGGGACGGGCGGUUUGGGGUAGGUUCCUUAAGCACUUUGGUGCUGUCGAGGUGGAUCCUGGGGCAGGAAGGUAAACAGUGACUCAAAGUUCAUUCGACCGCUUUUGCGUUGAUCAAAGUAACUUAUAGCGUCAAUGCGCCUAUCCAUGUUCAUGUACAGUAAUUGUAUGUUGAAAAUUAUAUUUACUC